AUGUCCACAGUAGACUUUGACACCAUCUUUCUUAAUCAAUCAAAGGCUCCGGGUAGAUUUAGAAUCACCAGCAGUGGAUUGGGCUGGAAACCAAGCUCUCAGGUUCCAACUAAGGGCAAGACUGAUCCAUUUCUUUUGCCAUCGGGUGAUAUUCUAUCCGUAUCUUGGUCAAGAGGUUACAGAGGCUGGGAAUUGCGUGUGUAUACUCGAAAUGACAAAGUGAUUAUGCUAGAUGGAUUUGAGCAACAAGACUUUCAGCAAUUGAAAAACGAAAUUCAGAGGACAUUUAACGUGAACUUGGAGCACAAGGAACACUCUUUGAGAGGGUGGAACUGGGGAAAGACUCAGUUGACUCGUGCAGAGCUGGUAUUCAAUGUCAAUAAUAGACCUGCAUGGGAAAUUCCUUACUCAGAGAUCAGUAACUCAAAUCUGACUGGUAGACAUGAAAUUUCUAUGGAGUUGAACCCAAAAACGGUAGAUGAAAAUCACUAUGAAACGCUAGGCGACGAGCUGGUAGAGGUUCGUUUAUACGUACCUGGCCAAAUUGACAAAGAUGAGGACAGCACGGAAGGUCAAGACACGACUGAAGAAGCCAAAUCUAAGUCUCAAUUAUUCUAUGAACAAUUGAAAGACAAGGCCGACUUUGAUACUACGUCUGAGGCAAUCGUCUCCUUUGAAGAUAUUUUGUUCCUCACUCCAAGAGGUAGAUUUGAAAUCUCGAUGUAUGCUAAUAAUUUGCGUUUGAGGGGCCAGUCUUAUGAUUACAAGAUCCAGAAUAAGAACGUUUUGAGAAUAUUCUCUUUGCCACGUUUGGAUGACAGACACCAUUUGGUCAUUCUGCAAGUGGAUCCACCGCUAAGACAAGGUCAAACACGUUAUCCAUUUUUGGUCAUGCAAUUUGACCGUAAUGAGGAAUUGGAAGUUGAGCUCAAUUUAUCAGAUGAAGAAUAUAAAUCCAAAUAUGAAGGCAAAUUGAAUCGAAGCUAUGGAACCGAUUCUACAUACAAGAUUUUGAGUCACUGCCUUCGAGGACUUACUGAAAGAAGAGUCAUCACUCCAGGCUCAUUCCAAUCUCAACACAUGCAACCGGGCGUCAACUGUUCUCUUAAGGCCAGUGAAGGCCAAAUUUAUCUAUUAGAUAAAUGUCUUUUUUUUGCUACCAAGCCAUGUGUUUAUCUGCCCUAUUCUGGUAUAAUCAGCGUGGUAACAUCGCGUGGUACUGGACAAUCUACUUCACGUACGUUUGAUAUUGAGGUUCAAUUCUCUGGUGGUUCGCAUACAUUUGCUAAUAUCAAUAAGGAUGAACAAAAGCCGAUCGAAGACUUUUUGAAGGGACAAGGAGUUAGAGUCAAAAACGAGAAACCAGCUGAAUUCUUAGGCAAUGCUUUGGUGGACGAUGACGAUGACAGUGAUGAUGGUGAUAUUGCUAUGGGGUCCGCUGGUGAAGAUGAUGAAAGUGUUGAUGAAGACUUCAAUGCUGGAAGUGACAGUGAUGUUGCCGAAGAAUAUGAUUCUAAUGCUGGCUCUGAGGACGAAGAUAGUGAUGCAUCAUCUGGGGAACCAGAGAAAAAGAAACCUAAACACUAA